AGGCAGGAUUCAGGACUGAAGCUUCUCUCUGCUGGAUUAGAGAGUCCAAACUGCAACCUGGAAACUCUGAGCUUGUCAGGCUGCUUGAUCUCAGAGGAAGGCUGUGCUUCUUUGGCCUCAGCUCUGACCUUUAACCCCUCCCAUCUGAAAGAGUUGGACCUGAGCUACAAUCAUCCAGGAGACUCAGGAGUGAAGCUGCUGUCGGCUGGACUGGAGGAUCCGAACUGGAGACUGGAAACUCUCAGGGUGGAGCCUGCUGGAGUCCGAUUCUUGACACCAGGACUGAGGAAAUAUUCCUGUCAACUCACCAUUGAUAAAAACACAGUGAACAGAAACCUGAAACUAUCUCAAGAUAACAGGAAGGUGACACAUGUGGAUGAGCUCCAGCCAUAUCCUGAUCAUCCAGACAGAUUUGAUUACAGGCAUCCUCAGCUGCUCUGUGGAACUGGUCUGACUGGUCGCUGUUACUGGGAGGUUGAGUGGAGAGGAGGAGUUGAGAUCUCAGUGAGUUACAGAGAAAUCAGGAAUAAAGGAGACAGUAGAGCCUGUUGGUUUGGAAGGAAUGACCAGUCCUGGACUCUGGUUUGCUCUGGUGAUAAAGAUUACUCUGUUUAUCACAAUAACAGACGGAUACCUAUCCCCUCCUCCUCUGUCUCUCACAGAGUAGGAUUGUAUGUGGAUCAUCCUGCUGGGAUUCUGUCCUUCUACCAAGUUUCCUCCGACUCACUGAUCCACCUGCACACUUUUAAAACCACAUUCACUGAACCUCUCUAUGCUGGGUUUGGGCUCUGGCUCUCUGGUUCCUCUUCAGUGUCUCUGUGCCGAGUUGAGUCUAAAGAGUCUAAAUAUAUGGUAGCCGGAUCCUCGGAGAACAACAGAAGCUGCUGCGGAGUUCGGCCCACCGAGCCGGAGGAUCUUACGGCCGGAGCCGAGGCGUCUGUGGCGGACUGA